AUGUAUGGUGCUAUUUGGCUCCCAAACGGAAACGCUGGACAGUUUGCAAUGCGGUUCGCGAAAGAGGCCAGGGAGCGGUACGGGUUCGAUGCAAUAGCUGCCAAUAUCCAGGAUUAUAAUCCUACAAGCAUUGAAGAUGUGCCUGACGACAAGCUUGUCGUAUUUGUACGGGCGACGUAUGGAGAAGGAAAGCCAACAGACAGCGCGGUUGUAUUUCAUGAGUACCUCUCGGUCGAGGCCUCUUCUGGGAUGGUUGGUACCCUCCACAACCUGAACUACGCCGUCUUUGGCCUUGGAAACAGAACGUACGAGUUCUUCAACGCCAUGUGUCGCAACGUCGAUAAACACCUUCAAACAUUAGGAGGGCAAAGAAUUGGUGCCGUGGGAGAAGGAGACGAAGCACAGGGAACCCUGGAGGAAGAUUUCCUAGCCUGGAAGAAACCUCUUUGGGCAGAACUAGUUCAACGGUUUCAACUAGAAGAGGCUCAGAACCACCAAGCGGAGCCGUCUUUGAUCAUCCAGGAUAUUAACCUUAAGAUGGACAGCCCUGGGGUAUUCACAGGGCAGCAUCACAGCGGAGAACAGAGUAAAACAGUGGCCUUUGGGCCUGAAAAUUCCACUCUCGUCGCUAUCAAUUCUUCCUACGACCUCUUUCGAACGGGUCCAAGGAAUUGUCUGCACCUGGAUCUCGAUCUUGCCGAUAGUGUUCUGAAGUACGAGACAGGCGAUCACGUCGCCAUCUGGCCUAUCAAUUCGAACAAAGACGUUGAUCGGCUUUUGAGAAUAUUGGGGCUCACCAGUCAGCGACAUAAAGUCAUCGAGCUACGUGCCCGCGAUUUUGCAGCCCCAGUAUCUUUCCCCAGCCCCACCACCUAUGAUGCACUCGUCAGAUUCUACAUAGACAUUUGUGGCCCUGUUUCAAGACAGGCCUGUGCCAAUGUAGUCGACUAUGCCCCGAACGAGGCUGCUAAAGCCGAGGUGUUGAGACUAAGCCAGGACAAGGAGUAUUUCAGGAAUUGUGUGACAAUUCCUGCACGCAACCUGGGGCAGAUUUUGGAAACUUCCGGCCAAGGAUUGGUCUGGGACAAACUCCCGUUUCCAGUUAUAGUGGAAUUUUUGCAGAGAUUGAUCCCCCGGCGAUACUCGAUAUCGUCUUCUGCAAGUGAGGAGCCUUUUAAAAUCUCCAUUACAGCGGUGGUUGAGCAGAAAGCUUUCGACCAACAAGAGCCUUUCCUUGGUGCCUACAGUAACUAUCUUCUCGCUUUGAAACACGCAUAG